AUGCUUCACUCGACCCUUCUGUUCGUAUCUUCCUUGCUCGCCCCUGUGUAUGCGGCUCUCUCUAUCCGCGGUGCAGAUAUCUCUUCGUUGAUCGUUGAGGAGAAUUCGGGCAUUUCGUACAAGACUACCGAUGGAGCGACGGAGGCCCUGGAGAUCAUUCUCGCUGACAGCGGUAUCAAUUCUGUUCGCCAGCGUGUGUGGGUGAAUCCCAGUGAUGGAUCGUACGAUCUCGACUAUAAUCUGGAGCUGGCGAAGAGGGUGCAGGCGCAGGGGAUGUCGACUUAUCUGGAUCUGCAUUUAAGUGAUACCUGGGCUGAUCCCAGUGAUCAGACUACGCCCUCCGGAUGGUCCACGACCGAUAUCGACACACUCGCCUGGCAACUAUACAACUAUACCUUGGAUGUGUGCAACACUUUCCACGACAAUGGACUGGACGUUGCCAUCGUCUCGAUUGGUAACGAGAUCCGCAAUGGCCUCCUUUGGCCUCUCGGCGAAACGAGCAGCUACGCCAACAUCUCGCAACUGCUACACUCCGGCGCGUGGGGUGUCAAGGACUCGAACCUGGCCACGACUCCCAAGAUCAUGAUCCAUCUGGAUAACGGAUGGUCAUGGUCCGAGCAGGAGUACUUCUACAAUGAGGUUCUCGCCAGCGGCUCGACUCUGGUAUCUUCUGAUUUCGACUACAUUGGCGUCUCCUACUACCCCUUCUACAGUUCCAGCGCGACUCUUUCUGCUCUGGAGACGAGCUUGACGAACCUGUACUCGACAUAUAAUAAAGACGUGCUGGUUGUCGAGACCAAUUGGCCCUAUGCUUGUCCGAACCCCGAGUACGCCUUCCCAUCGGAUCUUUCAAACAUUCCUUUCUCCGUCGCUGGGCAGGAGGAAUUCCUGGAUAAGCUUGCAGCUGUCGUGGAAGGGGUCUCUGGCGGAUUGGGUAUCUACUACUGGGAACCCGCCUGGGUGGACAACGCAGGAUUGGGCAGCAGUUGCUCGGAUAACCUGCUUGUGAGCUGGACGAACGAUGAAGUACGCGCGAGUAUGAGCACACUGGGCAGUCUGUAG